AUGGGCGGGCGCGCUUCCGCAGCAUCUUCCGCUCCGAGCCGCAAUUGGAGCAGCAGGAAUCCUCUGGAGGCGUGCGGAGGCGCGUGGGGUCUUCGACUUGUAGUUCGAUACCCGCCGACAGCUCUGUGGAGAUCCACAGACGCUGACCAGCUCCCCCUCGAUCUCGACCACACGUCUUCGCCGGAUGAGCAGGGCGAGGCCAUUCGCCGCCUCGGCUACGCCCCGAACUCUACGACCGACCGGCGUGUCACCGUCAAGAUUCCUCCCGUCGGCGUCGACGUGGCCCAACACCGCUUCGUGGUCGCUGCGCCCGAGGCCCUCGCUACGCUCCGCGACCUCUCCCUCGGCUUCAAGGACCGCAUCGUCCUCCUCGGGGUCGGUGACGUCGACCUCUUCAAGGGCAUCGGCCUCAAGCUCCUCGCCAUGGCCACGGCUACGACCCCAUCGUCCUCGUCGACCACCCUCGUGUCGACCUUCGAGAAGGCCGCCUACUACGCCGCCGCCGAGUGCGUCGUCGUCAGCGCCGUCCGCGACGGCCUCAACCGUAUCCCCUAUAUCUACACCGUCUACCGCGAGCUCCUCGCUUCGACCAGGCGUUCGCCGAAACCGCCCGCUACCUCGUCGUCAUCCUCUUCCUCCAACGGCCGAACAUGGCGGUCGGCACUUUCCUCCUCGACGUCACCCUCUUUCUCCAGCAACCGAGUGUGGCGGUCGACGCCUUCUUCCUCAUCAUGCUCCUCUCCUGCUUCACCCCUUCCGCUCACCAGGUGUUUUAUCUGUGUCCACAAUGAGCCGCGGCGUCACUCCAGGCUGCGACGCUCAAGGUGGAGCACGCGCAGGCGGCGGAUGCGCUGUAGAAUGGGCCGACGAUUGGUGCGCGGCGGCGGGCGGCCCGAGAACGCCAACAGCGAGCUCUUGGCCGCCGGCACUUUCGUUGACACCUGCCAGGACUCGUUCGAUGAGUUCCCGGACGUCGACGGUUCGCCACUCGCAAACGCGCAAACCAAUCUCAGCAGGCUCGUCAGCAACGGCAUCAGCCUCGCCGCCUACCAAGCUGCCUAGGAUAUUGCUCUGACGGAGUUGGCGCCAACGAAUCAUGUCUACCAAUUAUUUGACGGAAUGUCCGAGACAUAUCUUUCAACAGCGAACUUAGAGAAAGAGCGGUGCUCUUCUCUUUUAAAAAAAAAAAAUGUGUUAUUAAAAGAGAAAGAGCGGUGCUCUUCUCUUUACAAAAAAUAUAGUAUCAUCGAAAGA